CGGUGGGUGAUUUACGAUGCCGAUUUUAAUGUCGUCACGUUGUGUCCAUGGUCUUUAGUCCCGUAAUUUCUCAUACACACUGCAUUGCGCAUACAGAAUAGGUUACAUCAAUCAUGGGCUGUUGUGGGAAAAACAGCGACGAUGAAAGGACAGAUAAUGUUGAGAUGAAAGGAGGCGCCAAAGGCAAAGGUGGAAAAGCGGGAAAGUGGGGAAAUCCAAAACAAUUUGAUCCAACAUUUAAUGGACCAAUCAAAGACAGGAGUUGUACUGACUGGAUCUGUUGUAUUCUCUUUGUCCUUUAUGUGGUUGGAAUGGUAGUCUUGGGCAUUGUAGCUUAUGUAAAAGGCAACCCUUACAAACUUCUAAAUUCAGUUGAUUCUGAGGGUAAGUUUUUCAUUUUUGCAAACUAAAAAAUAUUUCUGCUAUCGAACUGAAAAAAUUUGGAAGCCGUGUAAAACAAAAUUGUGUUGUGAGCAAAAAUUAUGUACAAGUUUGUAUCUAACAGUAUCGGUUUAGUAAUGUACUUGUAUGUAGAGUGCUGUAGUACAUUCCUUGUUAGUGUGAUUAAAUUUUAAUGUAUGCUGUAAAUUGAUUGGCAUUAUAUUUUAUCUGAUUUAUAGUGAUUACAUACAUCCUAGCUACUCUGGGAUGGGUAACGACAAUAUGUUAAUUUAGAGAGUCUCAUAGUCUCAGUGUUUUUUUUCCAUAUAUAGUAUGUUACCAUAACACUGGAGCUUAUACCGGUUUCUGUACCAUGAAACAACUAACUAGGACUAUUUCUACCCUCACACCCCCUAGUUGGAAUGGUAAAUUGUUGUUCAUCCCAGAGCAUAUUCCUGUAACUUUUAGUACUAUUGUCACUCAUUCUUCUUUGUCACAGAAUGUUCCAACCAAAACUUAACUAAAAUUUGUCUAGAUAAUUCCAUCAUUAUUUUAAUUAUUUUUGGCAACUACAUGUUUAAUGUAUUAUUGAUCAAGCAAUAACACAUUUCACAACACACUUAAAGUGUACCCUAGUGUAC